UCGUAUGUUUUUUGCUCGUUUAUCGUGCAUGCUCGAUCUUGAGGUCGUGGUCCGUCAUCUCGCAGUCGUACAGAUUAAUUUUUCACUGAAGCAAAGUAAGAACACAGUUCACGGUUUUCGUCAUUGCAUACCUUUGCCAUAGGAAUAGCCUAUCAUCAAGUUUCCAGAUACAUGAGAUGAAUGUAGCGAAAGCAUUCUACAAUUGACUAAGUAGCCCAAAAGCAACCACAAUGUCAAGUGGCAGGACUGAAUCUGAUGUUGAUGUGGGGAAGGCAUCGCCUGCAGCAACCCAUGGUGAAAAUCAAACGGCGUCCACCAUGACCAACGGAGGACAGCCGUCCAAGCCCAGACGAGACAGCAACAAGCGCGUGGUGUUCAGAACCUCUGAGGACUCCACAGCUGAUGAAGGCUCGGUGAAUGGUCAGGACGAGUUGGUGAAUGGGGAGGUUUUCAUGACUCCGGAAGAAGUUGCAAGAGAGUUGAAACGAGCACGUGAUCAACCCCAUGAUUCCUCUGACCCUGAGCCCUACCCUGCCUCCAUAAUGCAUCAUAAACGAUCCUCCUUUGAUGCUUUUCGCCAUACUAUGUCUGGCAUGAACCUGGUUGAACUUGGCAACCAGCCAAUUAACAAAAGCGAGUGGCGUCGAGGAAGACGUGACAGUAAAGACAUGACGGUUGCCACGCCAACCGAGUUUGUCAAGAAGUACGGUGGUGACUACGUCAUAAACAAGGUGCUCAUCGCCAAUAACGGCAUUGCUGCAGUGAAGUGCAUGAGGUCCAUCAGAAGGUGGGCGUUUGAAGUGUUCCGCAAUGAGAAGGCCAUUCGUUUUGUUGUCAUGGUGACCCCAGAGGAUUUGACCGCUAAUGCUGAGUACAUCAAGCAUGCUGAUCACUAUGUCCCUGUUCCUGGUGGUUCCAACAACAACAACUAUGCCAAUGUGGAACUCAUUGUGGACAUUGCCAAGAGGGUACAGGUGGAUGCAGUGUGGGCCGGAUGGGGCCACGCCUCGGAAAACCCCAAGCUACCCGAGAUGCUCCAUAAGAAUGGAAUUGCUUUCAUCGGACCAUCUGAGAAGGCAAUGUGGGCACUCGGGGACAAGAUCGCAUCAUCUAUUGUCGCUCAGAGCGCCAAAGUCCCGACGCUACCCUGGAGCGGUGAUGACCUGCGCAUCGAUUGGACAGAGGAGGACGCUCGCAGUGGGUGCAACAUCACCGUUCCUGACGAUAUCUACCAGAAAGGAUGCAUCAAAGAUGCCGAUGAUGCACUGCAGCAUGCUGAGCGCAUUGGCUUCCCUGUGAUGAUCAAAGCGUCAGAAGGGGGCGGCGGCAAAGGCAUCCGAAAGGUGGAGAGCAAGGAAGACUUUACCAGCCUGUUCCGACAGGUGCAGAAUGAAGUACCGGGGUCUCCUAUCUUUGUCAUGAAGCUGGCUAAAAGUGCGAGACAUUUGGAGGUUCAACUGAUUGGUGACAAGUAUGGCAAUGCCAUCUCCUUGUUUGGACGUGACUGCUCUAUCCAACGUCGUCACCAGAAAAUCAUCGAGGAAGCCCCUGCCACAGUGGCUCAAUCUCACGUCUUCAGAGAAAUGGAGAAGGCUGCAGUCAAACUAGCCAGGUUGGUCGGUUACCGCAGUGCGGGUACCGUGGAGUACCUGUACAAUGAUCACGAUGGGUCCUUCUAUUUCUUGGAGUUGAACCCUCGUCUGCAAGUGGAACAUCCUUGCACAGAGAUGGUAGCAGGGGUCAACCUGCCCGCUCUGCAGUUACAGGUUGCUAUGGGCAUUCCACUGCACAGAAUGAAAGACAUUCGAGUCCUGUAUUCAGAGAAUCCUUAUGAGGACACGCCCAUCGAUUUUGACAACCCAUUGGUCUUACCCGAACCCAAAGGUCAUGUCAUCGCCUGUAGAAUCACCAGUGAGAACCCUGAUGAGGGGUUUAAGCCCAGCUCUGGCACAGUGACGGAGCUCAACUUCCAGAGUAACACCAAUGUCUGGGGCUAUUUCAGUGUCGCGGCAUCCGGCGGUCUUCACGAGUUUGCCGAUUCUCAGUUCGGACAUUGCUUCUCCUGGGGCGAGGAGAGAGAAGAGGCCAGAGAGAACAUGGUGGUAGCUUUGAAGGAGCUCUCCAUCCGGGGUGACUUCAGGACAACCAUUGAAUACCUGGUCAUGUUACUGGAGACCCAGGCCUUCCAGCACAACGAGUUUGACACAGCCUGGCUGGAUGUUCUCAUUCGGGAGAAGGUCCAGGUUGAGAAACCAAACACAGUCCUGGGUGUUAUUUGUGCAUCUCUGCACAUCGCCGAUAGAUCCAUCAGUGAAAAUUUCUCCAACUACCAGACGUCCCUGGAGAGAGGCCAGGUUUUGCCGGCAAACAUGCUGAGCAACACACGAGAGGUGGAGAUGAUUUACGAAGGCUUCAAGUACAUCAUCCACGUGACGAGGCAAAGUCCGAGCAGUUAUUUCUUGUGUCUGAACAACUCCACGUUGGAAGUUGACGUGCAUCGGAUGUCAGACGGUGGCUUGCUCGUGUCAUUUGAAGGCAGUAGUUACACGUCAUACUUCAAGGAACAGAUCGACAGUUACCGCAUCACCAUUGGCAACCAGACCUGCAUCUUUGAGAAGGAGAAUGAUCCCAGCAUCCUGCGGUCCUCCUCGGCUGGCAAGCUGCUCCAGUACCUCAUAGAUGACGGGGGGCACGUCGCCGCUGGCCAAGCCUAUGCUGAGAUCGAAGUCAUGAAGAUGGUCAUGAGCCUGAGGGUGCCCGAGAGUGGAUGCGUACACUUCGUGAAGCGACCAGGUGCUGUGUUGGACCAGGGCAGUGUCUUAGCUAAGCUGGACCUGGAUGACCCGACAAGAAUACACAAGGCUCAGAUUUUCCAAGGUGAGCUGCCUAACUCGGCCAAGAGUCCCGGGGCCGAGAUUCACGGAUGGAAACUGAACCAGAUGUUCAUCAAAGCCAGAGAAACCUUGGAGAAUAUCAUGAAAGGAUUCUGCUUGCCCAAGCCUCACUUUACCAAAAAGGUAACGGAAACAGUGAAACAGCUGAUGACAGUGAUUCGAGACCCUGCCCUCCCCCUGCUGGAGAUGAAAGAGAUGAUAGCUGCCGUCUCCGGCCGUCUACCUCCGGCAGUUGAGAAGGAGAUAAGGAAGCAGCUGAAUGCAUAUGGGAGCAACAUCACCUCUGUUUUAUGCCAGUUUCCAAGCCAACAGAUCGCCAAUGUUAUUGACCGCCAUGCUGCUACUCUUCAGAAGCGAUCAGAGAGAGAUGCCUUCUUCAUGCACACACAGGGCAUCGUGCAGCUGGUACAGCGAUACCGGAAUGGAAUUCGCGGCCACAUGAAGUCCGUCAUUCAAGAUCUCCUGCGCAUGUACCUGCGGGUGGAGACCAAGUUCCAGCAGGGGCCGUACGACAAGUGUGUGAUGAGCCUCCGGGAUGAGUUCAAAACCGACAUGUCCAACGUGGUCUGGAGUAUCUUCUCCCACGCGGAGGUUGCCAAGAAGAAUCAACUUGUCAUCCAGAUCAUUGAACGCAUCAGCAGCCGUGAUGCUGGCCUGACAGAGGAGCUCUCGGAAAUCCUGGGCGAGCUGACCACACUCAGCAAGCAGGAUCACUCCAAGGUGGCAUUGCGGGCCCGCCAGGUGCUGAUAGCCGCCCACCAGCCGUCCUACGAACUCCGGCACAACCAGGUGGAGAGCAUCUUCCUGUCAGCCAUCGACAUGUAUGGCCACCAGUACUGCCCCGACAGUCUCAAGAAAUUGAUCAUGUCGGAGACCACCAUCUUUGAUGUGUUACCGAGCUUCUUUUUCCAUAACAACCCAGUUGUUCGAAGAGCUGCCUUAGAAGUGUAUGUGAGGAGAGCCUACAUAGCCUAUGAGCUCAAUUGCUUGCACCACUCUGUACUCAGGAACUCUCUGUGUGUGUUAGAAUUCCAGUUCAUGCUUCCGUCCUCCCAUCCCAACAGGAAUCUUGGGAAUUCCUUUCAGAUAUUCAGGGAGAUACAGAUCUUGCCAGAUAUGGCUGGGCACUCCAGGACAGCCAGUUUUGGUGAAGAACAGCUCGGGGCCAUGGUGCCCCCCUGCCAACGGAUGGGAGUCAUCUGUGCUUUCUCAUCCCUGGAGGAGUUUAAGAGUUAUUUUGAUGAUGUGAUUGAUCAGUUUGCUGAUGUCCGCUUCAAGUUCUCUAGUUUGUCUGACACGGACUACAAGGAAAAUACCUGUCCUCCCGGAGAACCCAUCCACAUCGUCAACAUUGCCAUUCAUCUGGAUAAAAAUGAAAAAACCGACAACGAGCUUGCUGAAAUGUUCCUGGGUUUCUGCCAAGAAAAGAAAAAGGAGUUGUUCAGUAGAGACAUCCGUAGGAUUACCAUCCUGUUUUGGAGCAAGAAGGAUUUCCCAAAGUACUUCACCUACAGAGCACGAUUGGAUUUCCAAGAGGACCGCAUUUACCGUCAUCUAGAGCCGGCCUUGGCUUUCCAGCUUGAGAUCAACAGGAUGAGUAAUUUUGAUCUUCAGCUGAUGGAUCGAGCCAACUACCGAAUGCAUCUGUACCUAGGAUCAGCCAAGGUUCAGAAAGGUCAGGAAGUUACCGACUACCGGUUCUUUGUCCGUGCCAUCAUCCGUCAUUCAGAUCUCAUCACUAAGGAGGCGUCCUUUGAGUAUCUUCACAACGAGGGAGAGAGGAUGUUGCUGGAAGCCCUGGAUGAGCUAGAGUUAGCCUUUAAUCACCCAGAUUCUAAGCGGACCGACUGCAAUCACAUCUUCUUGAACUUCGUGCCGACGGUGUUCAUGGACCCCAUGAAGGUGGUGGAGAGCCUGAGGUCCAUGAUACUGAGGUACGGCCACCGGCUGUGGAAACUGAGGGUCCUCCAGGCUGAGCUCAAAAUGAUAGUCAGGUUACCUGGAGGGCAAUCCAUUCCAAUCCGCAUCUUCAUCACAAACGAGUCUGGCUACAAUCUAGCCAUCACACUGUACAAGGAGGAGACUGAUUCAGCGACUGGACAGGUGAAGUUUAUCUCUUUCACGGAGAAGCAAGGCAGCCUGCAUGGGCGCAUGAUCAACACUCCCUACGUCACCAAAGACCACCUACAGCUCAAACGAUAUCAGGCCCAGACGCUGGGGACAACAUACGUCUACGACUUUCCGGACAUGUUCAAACAGAAAUUGAGACGCAUCUGGGAGGAACAUCAGGGAAAGAACAAGGACACAGUUAUCCCAGAGGAAUUGAUGAGCGGCAGUGAACUUGUCCUUGAUAGUCAGGGCACAUUGACACCGGUCAACAGAAUGCACGGCGAAAACAGGAUUGGUAUGGUGGCUUGGAAGUUCACCUUUGUGACUCCCGAGUAUCCUGAAGGUCGCGAUGUCAUCAUCAUCGCCAACGACAUCACCUUCAAGAUCGGCUCCUUUGGACCGGAGGAGGACAGGCUGUUUGAGAAAGCAUCGGAGCUAGCCCGUUCUCUAGGCAUUCCUCGUAUCUACCUGUCGGCCAAUAGUGGGGCUCGGAUUGGACUAGCUGAGGAGGUCAAGCAACGGUUCAAGGUGGCAUGGGUUGACCCUGCCAAGCCGGACAAGGGUUUUAAGUAUCUGUACUUGACACCAUCUGACUACAAGCAGCUACUUGCUCUCAACUCACUACGAGCUGAGCAUAUAGAGGAAGACGGAGAGUCCAGAUACAAGAUCACCUACAUCAUCGGUCAGGAAAAUGGCAUCGGUGUGGAGAAUCUCAGCGGGAGUGGCAUGAUUGCUGGAGGGUCGUCACGGGCCUAUGAGGAGGUUAUCACAUUGAACUUGGUGACAUGCAGGGCCAUCGGCAUCGGUUCCUACGUCGUGCGUCUUGGUCAGCGCAUCGUUCAAGUGGAUAACUCUCACAUCAUCCUGACUGGAGCAGGUGCCCUCAACAAGGUGCUCGGACGAGAGGUGUACACGUCCAACAACCAGCUCGGAGGUAUUCAGAUCAUGCACAAGAACGGAGUCACUCAUGCCGUGGCGCAAGACGACUUCGAAGGUGUCUACACCAUCCUGAAAUGGUUGUCCUACAUGCCCAAGUGUCGAGAUGCAGGAGUUCCCAUAUUGCAAAGCAUGGAUCCCAUAGAUCGCGAGAUUGAAUUCAUGCCGACGAAGGCUCCAUACGAUCCCAGGCACAUGCUGGCCGGCCGAUCCAACCCAGAGAAUCCUCAUGAGUGGCAGACGGGGUUCUUUGACCGGGGUUCCUUCAUGGAGGUCAUGGAAGCGUGGGCUCAAACUGUCGUAGUUGGACGAGCAAAGUUGGGUGGUAUACCCGUUGGUGUGGUUGCCGUGGAAACACGCACUGUCAAUGUGGAUAUCCCAGCAGACCCUGGCAACCCAGACUCCGAGGCAAAGUCAAUAGCCCAAGCGGGUACCGUCUGGUUCCCAGACUCUGCUUUCAAGACAGCACAGGCUAUCAAGGACUUUGGCCGGGAGCAGCUGCCGCUGAUUGUCUUUGCAAACUGGAGAGGUUUCUCGGGUGGAAUGAAAGACAUGUACGAGCAAGUUCUCAAGUAUGGUUCCUACAUCGUUGAUGCACUGUGUGAAUACAAGCAGCCAGUGAUGGUGUACAUACCGCCUAAUGGUGAGCUGAGAGGAGGCUCAUGGGUAGUGAUUGAUUCUACCAUCAAUCCUCAGUACAUGGAGAUGUAUGCCGAUCAGGAUAGCAGGGGCGGAGUGUUGGAGCCCGAGGGGACCGUAGAGAUCAAGUUCCGUAAGAAGGACCAAGUGAAGGUGAUGCGGCGUAUUGAUGAGACCUGUAUUUCGCUACUGAGUGAGAUUGCCGCCCCGGGUAUCAACCGAGAGGAGAAAGCAGCCCUUGAAAAGAAAUUGAAGGACCGUGAGGAUUUCCUGCUACCCAUCUACCACACCGUGGCCGUCCAGUUUGCUGAUCUUCACGACCGUGCCGGCAGAAUGCAGGAGAAGCAAGUCAUCUCUGAUGUUCUGCAGUGGUCGACAUCGCGGACUUUCUUCUACUGGCGUCUGCGCCGUCUCCUGCUUGAGAAUAAGAUGUGUGGCCGCAUUCAGCAGGUCAACGAGAAGCUGUCGAGGGGAGAAGUCUUUGCAAUGCUGAGGAGGGUGUUCAUGGAGGACAAGGGCACGGUCAAUUCGUAUCUGUGGGAGGACAAUAAGGCUGUUGCCGAUUGGCUGUUGGAGCAAGAGAGGCAGGAGAAAGACGAGGGCCAGUCGGCCAUCCUGGAUAACAUUAAAGCCGUCAAGAGGGACCAAGUCAUCCAUCAGAUCAGAAGGAUUAUUCAGGAUAACCCCGAGGUUGCCAUGGAUUCCAUUGUGCACAUCAGUCAACAACUCAACCCCAGUCAGAAGGCCGAAGUGAUGAGAGUGCUGUCCACAGUGGGGUCACAUGACUCCAGCUAGCCAGUAGGCAACAGUCUCCUAAUCAGAGUAUUGGUCACAUGACUCCGUUCAAAAACAAAAGUAGUUAUCUAUCUAAUCAGUAGACAGAAGUAAUGAACAUCACUUGACAUCAGCUGGAUAUUAACAGUCAACUACCUAAUCAGUGGACACAAGUAGUGACCAAAUGGUUACUUGACUUCCUUGAGAUGAUAGUCAACCACCUAAGCAGUGGGCACAAGCAGUGACCGUAUGGUUACUUGGCUUCUGUGAGAUGAUAAUCUAUAACCUAAUCAGUGGAUAUCAGCAAUGACAGAAGGGUCACGUGACUCCAGCUAGACAGGACAGAAAGUACCUAGCGUGUGAAUAAUGACAUGACUCUAGCUAAUUAACAUGCAACAACCUAACCAUUGGACAUGGGUAUGGAACGACAGUGGAGUCAUAUGAAGUACAACUGGAUGAUGUUUGGGCAGACUAAAAACACUGUGACCAUGCUUUAACACUAACCCCCUAGGAUGUAUGUAAAAUCGUAUUGAAAUUGGAGGAUUUGGGACUGUUAGGGUUAAUCAACCAAGCUCAUUAGCACACAUGAUGGCUUCUCUAACGCAGUUUUAGUAGUUUAACCCGAACAGGGCUAAAAUCCUCCGAUUUCAAUCUGAUUUUACACACCCCUGAGAAAGUUAAACAGAUGAGCAUUGCCCCUCUCAGGGAAUGCUGAAAUUUACCAAUAGCUCAUGCGCCCCUGCGAGUGCCUCACCCGUGCACUUGGGGGCAGCACCCGGCAGCAUAAGCAUCGUCCACUCCAUGCGAGAGCUGAUGUGUGGCAUUUAUACAUCAGUACUAACAUAUCCACACUGACCUCAAUUGUCAUUAUGCUUAUGUAACGGGGGAAAAGGACACGCUACGGGGGAACUCGCAAAACAGCAAAAAUUUCUAACUAAACCAAGGGUCUUUGAGGAAAAUUUGCAGGAAACUGAAUCAAUAAGGACUCGGAUAUCAAUAUUUGAUUUCAAAAAAAGGACGCAAAAGAACUUAUUAAUGAAAAAGAACCCCCCCCCCAAUGCAAAAACCCCAAAAGACUAAAAUCCAACACAUUGUGUCAGAAUAGAUCGAAGAGUUUGGCUUUCGAUCACACUGAUUCAUAGAAGCAGACAAAAACCUGACUCGAGUAGAAACGUACACUCCAGUAAGAAAGAACAAAUACAUGAACAGUGCUAUUCUGCUCUUAGACCAGUGUGGCCAGAGCAUGGGGGGAUCAAGUUAUAUGGGUAGAAGCAAGGGCCAAAGUAAAUAAACAGGGGGAUAAACUAACAGACAAAUACAGGGGAACUCUAAAACAAAAACUCUAUUAUUCCAGGGGACUCCUCCUAUGAAAAGACACAAAAAGUAUAACAAAUUUCUAGCUCUACCACACUUGCACAUUGCCUUCAGCAAUUCUUGCACAGCUGUUGUCACAAUGAUGCCUUGACAUAUCCUGCUCUUCAUUUGAUGUCUCGCGUGGGAGGUUAGGGUAUCCCAUCUUUCCCUUUUUUUCAAUUCUUAAUUUCAUGACUCUUCAUCAAAAUCCACUAUUGAAUCUCUGUGUACUUUUACAAAGACACAUGAAGAUUUUUGCUUUUGUAUCAAUUCCUAUUUCAUUUUGUAUAUAGUAAGUGCACCAUUCAGGCACACUGCAAAUGUAGUGGUGUUGUGCUUGACUCUGGUUUCUUGAAUCUGACCGGUAGGUCUCUGUUUGAUUUGACUUAUGCAAUUUCAUCCGAGUUGAAAUACAGGGUUCCGGUUGAUUGAUGUUGCACUAUGACCAAGUUUAAUACGCUGAAUGUGAAGUGUACAGUAGAGAAGACAUGUUGAAGUAAAAACAGCACUAUAAAAUAUUUAUGAUGGGUAAAGUUCCCACAAAUGUGACAGGUUCUAGAAAAAUGGGUACUAAGUCGCCAGUUUCAGGUUACGAGUUUUUGAUACAGCUGGAUUCUGUACAUCAAAAGCUACAAUUUGAUAUAUGAAUGACCCCUGCAGUGCGCUGCAUUCCGGGAAUAUGUAGACAUUUGAAUAUCCACAUUUUCAGAUUCAAUAAAAGCACUUUUAGCUCAUAAAGUGUUGCGCUUGGAAAUGCAAUGCUAUAUAGCAUUUCUUACUGAUUGAUCAAUUUUUCAUCUUUAUUCAUCAGUAUCCAUGUUUGUUGUCACAAAUUCCGGAAAUAUAAAUAUUAUAGAAGAUAUUUAAGGAAAAAACACAUAUCACACUUUUGAAGAAAUGUUGCCCUCCCCAAAGAGAACAGACCAUUAUAUGUUUUGGCAUUGCCUGACUUAAUACCCUUUUUUUGCAGAGCGGGUCACAAAUGUCAGUAAACUUGAUGUAUUAGUGAAUUGUCAGUGCAUUUUGAUUUUGAAGAUACAACAGCUAAUAAUGAUGCUGUUUUUUUAUUAGGAUGGGAGGUUUGGAACAUUUGAGAAUGUUUUCAUGGAAACUCAGGGGAAAGGGCCUUGAUCUGUUUUUAUCACUUGUAUUGAUAGGCUGUGUGUUGCGUUUUCAUUUUGUUAUACAGAAUAAGUUCAGAGAAAGUUCAUAUUUGGUUUAAACACAAUUUAAAGCAGAGAAGAAAAUUUAUUUAAAAUAUGUGUCAAAAGUAGGGAGAAAAAUAAGUAUUCACAUUCUUAUCUAUGCAUUUGAUUUUUCCCACAAUUCCUUUCUAUUUGUUCCACUUUAUAAACGGUGUAUGGCUUGUUUUGGCUCUACUUAUUGUCAGCAUGAUCUUCCUACCUUUGACAUCCAAGUAAGAAUUUAUAAAUUUACAGUUUCAUAAUUUUGUUCAGUGUUUUGAAACUUCACCAAUCAGCAGGUUUCUGCAGGGUGUGUGACUUUCGACUGGUAGGAGGAAGCAGUUAUAGACAGAAGAGUGCAUCACACGCAGCCAUCUUAAGUCAUUUGCGCACAAGUUUCAAAGAUAUAAACAUGCUUUUUAGAAAAGUUAGGUCAAAAAGUCCUAUCUUCAUCGAUACAUAUUGACAUGAAUUUGGAUUUUGAAGAAUUACAAAUUGAUGGAGAAAACACUUGCGCGGCUAGUUCUUUUUUACAAGCAUGUUUAGAGUGGCCACAAAUAUGCACAAUCCAUUUAAUUUUUUGUAAUUUUUAAGUCUCAAUAGAUUCUAUUUUGUAAGUUCGCUGGUAUGAAUUCAAAGAUUGUAGAAUAUUGCAGAGCCGAAUAAUGUUAUUCAUUUUGUAAUAAAAGAACUGUGAAUCGUGAAGUACAAAC